UCUUUGCGACGCUCUCACGUUCUCACCAUGAAGCUCCUGUCAUUGUUUCUGGUCGUGAUGGUGACCCUGUCUGGCCUGAUUAGCUGGGCCAGUGCCAUACCUCACCCCGACCCAGAGGCUGACUCAGCUGGCUUCGGCAGAUUUCGUGGCGCAGGUGGUGGUCAUGGCUUCCACAGGGGCCAUGGAGUUGGAAGGGUUCAUGGCCAAGCCUUUGCCAGGGGUCACAGUCGUGGCUUCGGUGCUCGUCAUGGCUAAAGCAUUUACGGAUAAUGAAAAGUAUGCCAGAUGUCUACCGCUGCAAUCAAC